GAUGUCGUUUUUCAGAAUCAGAACUUUUUCUAUGAGUAUGCAAUUCGUACAGGUGAUGAGGCACUGCAGGAAAUCUGUCUUCGCUACCUGGCGUGGAACUGUGAGGCACUGAUCCGUUCCCCAGCCUGGACAAUUCUUCAGUUUGGUCUGGUCAAAGCUCUUCUUUCUCGGUCAGACCUUGUGGUGCGUAAUGAAACCGUCAUCCUGAGAGGCCUGGAGAGAUGGGUGGCAGCUCAAGGAAACACUACUAUUCCUGAGAGCCUUCUCAAGCUCAUUCAUUUCCCAAUGAUACCAGCUGAGGACUUAUACACACUAGAUGGCGCACAGUACCAUGCCAGUAAGUUGCAGGGUUUUCAGUUUAAUGCCCUGCCUGUCAUGAUGCUGCUCAGUCACCUGACAGAAGAACAACAUGUCUACACAUCCAGGAUUUACACAGGAGGUCCAUGGAGCUUUAGCUUCAGCACUCAGGACAUCAGUGCCUACAAGAAUUUGGGGUUCUACAGGCUUCGUGGCGAGAGCAUCAGUAGUCUGACAUCUGAUUUUCAAACACCUGUUCAUAACAGCGCUUACUUUAUUUUUCACAAGAUGCGCUGGAAAACCAGGGUAUAUAUCCGUGAUGAAGACUGCUCAAGUGAAAGUGUCUCUUGCCCUUCCUUGCCAGCUGUCAGUUUGAAGAUUCAAGAAAAGAACCAUAAUUUACCCAGUGAGAUGGAGGAACGUAUUCGUUACAGGAAUAGGCUUGUUGUUAUGUGUGAAGGCAGGUAUGUGUCCUAUGUUGAUGAAUUUAAUGGAGUUGAUGACGGGACUCUUGUAUUUGUUCCAAGUGGCACAGAGCAAGUCUAUACAUGCCACUCAAACCGGUUCUCCUACCAAGUGGUGGUACAUCCUCAGUACUCCACAAACUAGCUGUGGUUUUCAAACAUGAAUAUGGAUGAAUGAGGAACAACAUACUGUAAAUGGAUAUGAUUGUAUAUGACUUGAUAAAAUCAAUAAACUCUGUUUUGCUUA